AUGACAGACCGCAUGAUAAUCGGGACCAACAAGUCGCCAACGAAUCCCACACCACUAUCCGCGCCACAAGAACAACAAGUAAAAGACCUAUACUACAAGAACGUACGAGCAAAAUGCGCAAAGGAGAUUGAAACCUUUGCACAAUGUGCUUUGGGCCGGACAUUUACCAUGAUCUACGCGUGCCGACAAUCCCGUCUCGCGAUGAACUCGUGCAUGUUGCAAUACCAGAAUCAAGAUGAAUUGGACAAGGCGAGGCUGGAGUGGUUUGCCCUGGCUGAGGAGAGGAGACAGGCGAGGAUAGAGCACCAGAGGAAAUUAGAAGAUGCGAGGGAGAAACACAAAGAGUGGUGGAAUCUGGAUGAGUCGGGGCGUACGGUGGGAAAGGCGGCCGAGACGGUUAAUGAAGCGGGGUUACGGCGACGCGAGGAGAAUAGGGUUGAUGCUAGUGGGGUUACAAGAGGAGGUGUUUAUGGAUCGAGAUGA